UUCAUUCUAGGUUUAAUCAACAAAAAAUUAUAAAUUCUUUACGUAGAUCAGGAUCAAUUUAAUACUCUAGACUUUAAGAAAUUGUUAUAUGAAAAAUGUGAAGGUGUAGUUUUAAAAGAACUUAAUAAUUACUAAAAUAUACAAAGAUUGUCGCAAAAAAAUUCCAAGAGUUUGUCAAAAAUUGUACUCUAACUAUCAAAUGUUAGGUUAAAGGCUAUGUUUACAAAAAAGCUGUUUGUUUUUAAGUUAAAUAACAAUAAUGCCUGUGGAUAUAAAGGAACUUACAGAGGGUUGGCUGGAGUUAGAAAGCGAUCCAGGCUUGUUUUCUUUACUCCUUGAAGAUUUCGGCGUAAAAGGAGUCCAAGUCGAGGAAAUAUACGAUUUAAACAAACCCUUAGACAGUCCAGUUUAUGGUUUCAUUUUCUUAUUUAGAUGGGUCGAGGAAAGAAGAUCACGUCGAAAAGUUGUGGAGCAAAAUGAAACGUUUGUUAAAGACGAAGAUAUAGUAAAUAAUAUAUUUUUUGCUCAACAAAUGGUUCCGAACAGUUGUGCUACACAUGCCCUUAUUUCUAUAUUGUUAAAUUGCCCCACUAUACAUUUAGGCGAGACUUUGACCAGACUGAAAGCACAUACGCAAGGUAUGAGCCCCGAUAAUAAAGGAUGGGCUAUAGGAAAUACCCCAGAGUUGGCUUGUGCUCACAAUUCGCAUGCUAUGCCGCAAGCAAAGCGAAGGCUCGAAAAAGGCAGUGGAGUAUCAACGGGACGCUUUACAGGUGAAGCAUUUCAUUUUGUUAGCUUUGUACCCAUUGGGGGCAGACUAUUUGAACUGGAUGGUCUGAAGCCUUAUCCGAUUGAUCAUGGCCCUUGUAACGAUAUGGAAUGGACUGAUAAGUUCCGUAGUGUUAUUACCGAUCGGCUGGGAAUCACAGCUGAUGAAUAUAACGAGAUUAGAUUCAAUCUAAUGGCAGUCGUUCCAGAUAGAAGACUGGCCAUUCAGCAUAAACUUAAAAUGUUGAGAACUAACAAACAAAUAGUAUUGGAUGCACUUCAGCACAUAGUUAAAGUCAAGGAAAAGAGUGGUAGUACUAACAUUAAGACUGAAAAGGAAUUAGAAGCUUUAAAGCCAGGAACAAGCGGUGAAGAAGCAAAAUCGGUGGAUCCCACGAAGAAUGAAUCUGAGGAAGACCAGGCUUCAAAAACCAAUAAAAUCGAAUCUACUUCGACAAACAGUAAGGUAACACUGUGUCCUUUAGAUUACGCCACUCCAUUGACCAUACAAACUUCACCUGCACCCAGUACUUCUGGAACGGACACCCCGUCAGAUUUAGGAUCAGCUUUCAACUCUCCCACUCAAGGAUGGAACUGGGCAGCCGCGACGACCUCGCAGAAUAGCCCAACAUCAAGGGAUUUGAAACGGUUCGUUGUAUUGAGGAUGGCCGAACAGGGCGACAAAGAGAAGGAGCAGAAUGAAAUAAAGUCGUUAGAGUCUGCCGAAAGGAAAUUGGUCAGUACGGGAGGGGUCCACGCUAGGGUUCACACAAGUGACGGCGAUCCGGUAGUAGCAGAGAAGAAGAACCAAGAACUCUUAGAACCACACACUUUCGCCCCAAAGGACUUGCUAGCGUUGUUGAGGAACCUUGAAAACGAAAUAUGUAUGUGCGAGAUUAGUUUGAAGGACGAAAAUGACAAGCAGAACAAAUAUAAGGUUGAUGAUUGUAGGCGGACUCACAACUACGAUGAGUUUAUUUGUACGUUUUUGUCCAUGCUGGCCGAGCAGGGUAAAUUGGCAGAUUUAGUAGAGCAAAAUUUAGUCGUUCCGAAAAGGCCUAGCAAUUCCACUCCUGUACCGAAACCCGCCAAGAAGAAAAAAGAUGGCGGUAAGAGGAAGAAGAAAGGUCGUUCGAAGGUGAAACGAAGACGUUGAAGCUGUACACUUGAAUCUUUUUUUAUUUUAUUCUACAAAAUACAAAUAUUUAAAUAGAUUAACUGUAUAUUUGCUGUUUUUAUAAAA